GUCGAUCCACUAACUGGAGGGUUGAAUUGGGAAGUAUAAGGUGAGAAGGAGAAAGAAUAAAAGGAGAAGAACUGAAAGAUAUCGAAAUAAAGGAUGUGAACAUAUAAUUUAAUCCUAGACCUAGUAGAUUAUCAAUGGAGGACAAGAUCAAAUUAUUAGAGCCCAUCGGAGAAGUAUUGAUCAACAAAGAUGAUAUAAUAAAUUUAUUAAAUACAAAAACAUUUCCAAUCUUCUAUGAUGGAUUUGAACCAAGUGGAAGGAUGCACAUUGCACAAGGAUUACUUAGAAUGCAGGAUGGUAUAUUCAUCUUUUGGAUUGCUGAUUGGUUCGGCUUGCUUAAUAACAAGAUGGGAGGAGAUCUGAAUAAAUUAAAGAAUAUUGAUCACUACUUCAUUGAAGUUAGGAAGGCUGCAAGGAUGAAAAUGCAUAACGUAAAGUUCCUUAUGGCUUCAGAUGAAAUCAACAAGAGACCAAACGAUUAUUCGUUAAGAGUGUUGGAUUUAGCUCGUAAAUUUAAUGUUGUUGAUUAAUUAUUUUAUGCAUGUAUGCAAUGCAACGACAUCUUCUUCUUGGAGGCUAUUGGGUAAUUAUUCUAUUAAAUUCAUUUUAGAAAAGUCAAUAUGUUAGCAAGAGAAUAUGCUGAUAAAUCAACAGAUGCUUAUAAGUCAAUUAUUAUGUUCCAUUAUAUGAUGAUGGGAUUGUUUGAGGGUCUACCCAAGAUGGCGAAACUCGACUUAAAUUUAAAUAUCUUUAUGGAAGAUUCAGCAGAAGAUGUUAAGAAAAUAAUAAAGUAUGCUUAUUGGCCAACUUAAGUUAUUAAGGAUAAUCCUGUGUUGGAUAACACUAAGGAAAUCAUUUUUUGA